AUGACUCUCCCCGUCUUUGUCUCUUCAAUUUGUCUUCAACUUGUGUCUGUCUCUACCUCUGCAUUGCAGUUCGUUUCUCUCUCUCACUCUCAAACCCUGUCUCUCUCCUCUCUCUCUCUCUCUCUCUCUCUCUCUCUCUCUCUCUCUCUCUCUCUCUCUCUCUCUCUCUCUCUCUCUCUCUCUCUCUCUCUCUCUCUCUCUCUCUCUCUCUCUCUCUCUCUCUCUCCCUCUCUCUCGGUCGGUCUUGAACAACAACUUGGGUGUCAGUACUACGCCAAAAUGGCAGCAGCUCGGGUGGUCAUGCAGGGGUGGCAACGUGCCUUGGUGCGUCCGGGCAGUCUCAUUACGCAGCGCGGCGUGCAUGCGGCCGCGCCUCUGGCCCGCCACGAGCCCGGGGCCACACCGACCGAGCCAGAGCAGGCUGCUGACACGCCAGACGCCGAAGCGUCGGAGCCCAAGCCCGCGUCAGACAACUCACAGUCAGACAUGCCGCGUGAGUACAACGGUCCCAAGGGCCCCGAGCCCACCCGCUAUGGUGACUGGGAACGCAAGGGCCGCGUGUCUGACUUUUAA